AGAGUUCGGCAGACCAGGUGGAAGUGGUCCUCCUGGUCUCUUGGUCCCACCCCUAAUCCCCCACCCAAACCCCUUACGGAACCCGAACCUAGCAGGACUGGAACCACUUGCUCUGCUCAGUUCAUACACAGCCAUCCCGCCAGGAGGAGUGUUCAGGAGAGUGAUGAUCAGCCAUGGCUGGAAAUGGAAGGUUGCAGCCGUUUGGGUGAUGACCCUGCUGGCCCUAGGGCGCCUCUCCCAUUCCAAGAAGCAGUCCGACCCACUGACCACGACGGAGGAGGAGAAUGCUCCGGCGGGAGUGGACGGCGGCGGAGGGACCUCAGGGGAGGGACUUAGUACUACACCACCACCACCACCACCACCACCACCGACGUCCCCACCUCCCCCUAGACCGAACAAGCCCCACAUCAUCCUGAUGGUGGCGGAUGACUUGGGAUGGAACGACGUUUCGUGGCACAACAAUUUCGUGGUGACGCCCCAUCUGGGUCAGCUGGCCUCCGACGGGGUUAUCCUCAACCAAUCCUACGUCCUGCCUACCUGUACCCCUACCCGGACCGCCCUGCUUUCGGGCAAGUACCCCUUCACGAUGGGCAUGCAGAAAGGCGCCCUGAAUCCUCUAGACCCACAGGGACUUCCUCUGACCAACAAGCUACUGCCGAAGUUGCUGAAGAAGUACGGAUACACGACGCACAUUAUCGGGAAAUGGCAUCUGGGGUUCUGCUCGUGGGGCUACACCCCCACUAAGAGAGGGUUCGACUCCUUCUACGGAUACUACGGCGGGGCGGAGGACUACUACACCCACCAGAGGAGCGAGAAGAAGGUUCGGCGCGAGUCCAGGAGAGGAGGUCGUCGAGAGGAAUAUCUAGACCUCCGGAACAAUACUAAGCCGGAUUAUACGAAGAAUGGUGUCUAUUCAACGUACGUGUUUGCAGCGGCCGCAGAGGAGCUGAUCCGCUCGCGUGAUCCGAAGAAGCCCAUGUUCCUGUACUUCCCCUUCCAGAGCGUCCACGGGCCUCUGCAGGUGCCCAAGAACUACACCAGGGUCUUCAAGAGAGUAGGAGACUACUAUCGAAGGAAUUACCUCGGAAUGGUAAUGGCAAUGGACGACAUGGUAGGCCGGGUUGUCGCAGCGUUGAAGGCCACGGGGCACUACGAGAAUUCGGUCAUCAUCUUCACCACUGACAAUGGAGGUUCCAUCAAGAUGGGCGCCAGUAACUAUCCUCUGCGGGGCGGCAAAUCGAACCUCCUGGAAGGAGGCACCAGGGGCCCGGCUUUCAUCCACUCGCCUCUGCUCCCCAACCGAGGGACCGUCUCCAAUCAGUUGUUCCACGUCACAGACUGGUACCGGACUGUGGUGGGCCUGGCGGGUGGCAAAGCGAAUGACCCCUACUUGGAUAGCAUCGACCAGUGGGAUGCAAUCACGGGGUACGCCGCCCCCCCUCGAGAGAGACUCGUUUAUAACAUCGAUGACUCUGAAAAUAAGUUCCGUGCAGCUCUCAGGUACAACGAGUUCAAACUUUCGGUCGGAGCCGUGGGAAAGAAGUUGUGGGCUCCUUACACUCCCCUCCUGCAUCGCCAGAUUGAACUUACUCUUCCCUUGGAGAGCGAAGGCAAUGGCACAUGGCCAGAGACGACCCGGGAACCGAAAAACUGCUCUCUGUCAGAUCUGGAUGAUGAAUUGAACUCUGUGUCUUCACACUGUCCAGGAAUGUCCAGUUCUUCAGAGGUAACUGACGCUCAAGAUGACCCUGCUGAACUCUUUGAAGAAGACCUUGAUUCAGGUCGCUCUGACCUGGACCCCAGCCACUUUGACCUCGACUCUGUCCGUUCUGGUUUUGAUCCCAGUCAUUUAGACCUUGAUUCCAGUCAUUCCAAUCUUGAUUCCAGUAGCUCUGACCUUAAUUCUAGUCAUUCUGACCUUGAUUCCCGGCGUUCCAACCGCCUGUUGAAUCCACAUGUUGCCGUCUAUGGUAGAGGAUCAGAUCAAAGGAAAAAUGGAGGAAAUGGGGAAGCGGUGGAUGGUCACCGGAUCAUGAAGGACUCCAGUAAAGUUCUGGACACUCGAAGGAAAACCCCAGACACAAGAAGAAAUCAGAACAAAAGUGGGGAAAAGAAGCAUAAGAAGAAGGGUGACAAGAAUAAAAGGAGGAAGAAGAAGCAGAAGAAAAAGAAGAAGAAUAAGAAUAAGAAGAGGAGGAGAAGACAGAAGAAGAAGCGUCCGCCAAAGAGAAAGAAGAAACCCAUAGACACAAAGAAUAAGGAGUCGUGGAAUAAGGAGAGUGGGUUCACGAGAUGGUGGAAGCUUAGGUCCCACGCCAAGAUCAGCUGGAGUAGAACCGUGGUGAAGACGCUCAAUAAAUACAUUCCGGACGAAACACAGAUCCGACUUUAUAACAUAACAGCCGAUCCGGUGGAAUCCACAGACCUCUCAUUGGACAACCUGGAGAUGGUGAAAUACACAAUGACCUACUUGGCCGUCCAGCUGUACCGAUACAGACGGCCUAAUCCGAAGAAACGCAACUUCCGGGGCCACCCGAGAUAUUUCAAUGAUGUCUGGAGCCCUGGGUGGUGUUAGCCCAGGAAACAACAGCAGCGGCAAACAACAAGGACAACAAAAACAACUCCAUCAAAAGCUGAUGCUGUUUUAAUCUCAGGGUCUCGUCCAGUUUUCGUCUCUCAUUGCGUUAAGUUCAGAUGAAUGUUUCAUAUUUCUGUUUGAUUGAUCUACGGGAUCACAACUCAGUUCACAUUUUAUUGACAGCAUUCUAUAUCAUUGUUUACUGUUUCUGUUUGUUUUACGGGGUCACAUUUCAGUUCACAGUUAUUUACAACAUUUCAGAUCGUUUAUUAUUUACUUUUGUUUUACGGGUUCACAUUUCAGCUCACAGUUACCUUACGGCAUUCCAGAUCAUUGUUUACUGUUUCUGUUUCGUUUUACGGGAUCACAUUUCAGCUCACAUUUAAUUACAUCAUUUCAGAUCGUUCAUUAUUUAUUUUUGUUUUACGGGAUCACAUUUCAGUUCGCAUUUCAUUUACAGUAUUUCAAAUCGUUUGUUGUUUCUGUUUGUUGUACGGGAUCACAUUUCACUUCCCAUUUCCUUUACGGCAUCCCUUGUCAUGAACAUAUUUAUUUAUUUAUUUAUUUUUGUAAAAAGCCUUUCAUGUCAUAAACGUUUUACAGCAUCCCACGUCAUAUAAACGUAUCGCAAUAUUCCACCUCAUGAACGUUGCUUUAAACCAUCACAUUUCAUAGACGUUUAGAAUUAAAAGCAUUUCUUGUCAUCACAGUUUCAAAACUGCCUCGAAAUAUAUUGCGCUUUCCGAUGCCAAAAAAAAUGACAUCCGAAUACUUUUAAGAUUUUGACAGAUUAAUCUUAAGACAUGAUUUUAAAAUAAUGAUACCUACUAUUUUGUUAAAAAAAAAAAAACGAGAAAUAUAUUUUCCUAAUAUCCUUGCAAGUUGUUUGGUUCUUGGUUAGUUUUGUCUUCCUCUGCUGUGAUUUGGGUCAUCGUAUGUUAGCAAAUGCCGAGUAGAAGCUUCAAGCUUUUGAGAAUGGAGCUUCAAACUUUUGAGAAUGGAGCUUCAAGCUUUCGAGAAUGAAGCUUCAAGCUUUUGAGAAUGGAGCUUCAAGCUUUUGAGAAUGGAGCUUCAAGCUUUUGAGAAUGGAGCUUCAAGCAUUAAAGGAAGAAGCCUCAAGAUUUUUAAAAAUGACGUUUCAAGACUUUUAGAAUGAAGCUUCAGGCAGUGGUGAAUGAAGCUUCAAGCUCUUUCAAGAAUGAAGCUUCAAGCUUUUGAGAAUGAAGCUGCAAAUUUUGUAUCGUCAAACUCCAAGCUUCUGAGAAUGAAGCUUAAAAAUAGAUACCUUCAUUGCAGAGGAACGAACCUUUAGGGUUGUCACUACAGCUGAAUUGUUCAGUGCAGUAGAUUUUGCUAGUACAGUAAAAUUUAGUAGUACAUUAUUGUAGACUUGAAGUCCUGUGCAGGAGAGCACAGUAGGCUUUAACAGCACAGUACAGUGUAGUAUAGCGCAGUACAGUACAGUAGUUUUGGAAAGUACAUUACCAAAUUGUACACUACUGUACAGUACGGUAGACUUGGUAAGUCCUGUACAGAAUAGUACAUUAACCUUGAAAAGCACAGCACAGUGCAGUAGGCUUGGAAAGUACAGUACAGUAAAUUUAGAAAGAGCAGUACUGUAAGACUGGAGAACAGAUUACUGUACAGUACAGUGGAGUAUAGUAGACUUUGAAAGCCCUGUACAGUACAGUAGAUUUAGGAAACCUUGUCCAGUAGGAUAGAGUAUGCUUGGAGAGAGUUUGGAAGUUCAGUACAUUAUAAUCUGUUCAGUUAUCAGACUCGAGAAGUCAAGUUAUCAGAUUUCCAUCCCCCUAGAGUGCUGUAACUUCAAACUUAUGUUGAUUUAUUGUACUGUACCUCGAAACUAAUGUCCAUUUAUUGCAUCGUGUCUUCAGACCAGUGUUCAUUAUUCCAAAUGUAUCUUUAGACUUGCAUAUUCAUUUCUCUUAUGUAUCCUUAAACUAGUUCUCAUUUUAUGUAUUGUGUCCUUCAUUUAUUUUGUCUUCAUAUAACUUUUUCAACUAUUGAAAAGAGAUUAUUUUAUAUUUAUUUUUCUGUUACAUCAUGAACACGAAAUCUAUGUCAUUAUGUUGUACGUCUUCAGCACGUGUCUAAAGAUAACAGAGUAUUUAAAAAAAUCUAUUUUUUUUUUUAUUCCUUUCGUAUUUUUAAGAGUUUUUCUUUGAUAUUGUAAAAUAUAUGAUUCCUCCAAAUGUAUGGACAAUGAUAAGUGGGCACCAGUGCCCGCUGGGGCCAAUGAAAAAGGGGCGUGGGUGUGCCAACUCGCUCUGAAAGGCUUGGUGAGAAACAUGGAACCAGUUCUCGAGUCUGGAUUUGGUCUUGAUAUUUUCUGUUUUCUGGGAGUCACCCCUGUCAUGGAAAAUGAUACUUUAUCCAAACUGGACAUUGCAAAGAUGAAAGACUCACGAGCUCUCGCCAUCACAGCAGAUGACGCAACAUGAAGUGAAAAUGUGUGACGUAAUGUGUGCGUUUUGAAAUAUUUGUGCGAUGAUUCCUACUUCAUUUUAGCUUCGUUCGAGCGAACCCGUGUCAUAACUACGCUCGGAAUCAUUACGGGAAGCACCUUUGUACAUGCAACUCUCUUUUUGAGAUUUCUGCGCAUAGUCUCAGGGUGGAAUUACGAAUGAAUACGAAGUCCAGGACAGACUUGCCAGUGAAUACCGAGGCCAGACUUAUUCGGAUGAAAUUUGGGGACUUUCUUAGACAGGGAGAAAUAUAAAGAUGGGAGGGGAGGAGGAGGGUGGCUGAAGGAGAGAAACAAGAAAGCAUAGAUGGCAGUUUGAAGAGGUGUUGUUAGCUGCCUGGCGUUUUGCAUGGUAGUGUUCUGCGACCUUCGGCGUUCUGCAGCUUUCAGUGGUGAACGGUGUGACCUUGGUAAUGAGAUGUUACAGCAUCCAGGUGCUCGUGCAGAUCUUUAUGAUGCAGCUUUUGUUGUUGAAAUGAUUCGAUGGCUGCAACUGCAAAGCUAGGAGGUUAUAACUGUCUCUGAUAUAAGAUCUGUGACAGACCAGAAAAACUAAACAUUGACUGGUUAGAGAUUUGGGAUUCUACGUACGUGGGAUAAAUGUUGUACGCAACGAGUCGCCUGGCGUCAGAUAAUGCUUGCAACGGAAGCAACACAAGGUAUAAUUGAUUUUAAAAGUGUGGAGCAUUUGCAAAAAUACUUAAUUGAAAAAUGAUCUCAAUUUUGGCGUUACUUAUGACUGAAAUGUGACAGUAAUUUAUCUGGCAUUUCUUAGAUUGCUGCUUUCGUCUUUGCACAGUUAUAUUUAUUUAACUAUUGAAUUAUGAUAUUGAUAUUUUAUCUCAACCUCUUUCUUUCAUCAGUUGAAUGAAAUUUUGAGUAAUCAUAAAAAUUAUCGAUAUCAUUUUUAUUAUUAUCCUCGAGGGUAAGGGCACAGUUUGCAAAGAAUAAGUAUUUAAAAAACGAGAUAAUAAUAAUAAUAAGGAUAUUAAUAAAACUAUUAUUAUUAGUAUUAUUGUUAUUCCUUAAGAGAAAUUAAAAAAAAUAAUCUAAAAACGCGUACUUAUAUAACAAGACAAAAAAUAAGAGAGAAAAAACACACAAACACACUUGGGUUCUAUUUUGGGGAGAGAGAGAGGUCACCUAGAGGCGUCACAGAUUGCAGACAUUCCUGCAACCUACGUUCCUACUAAUUGCUUUGCCAUCUUCCUUGCGUUGUCUUUGUUGCGAAGAUGACGACUAGGGUCAGUGAAGGGGGUAGGAAGGACCCUCUCUCUCUCUCUCUCUCUCUCUCUCUCUCUGACUUGUGUAAUGUGGGGCAAUGCUGGUUAGUUGCGACGUUGUUUUCGGAGUAUUGUUUCUCCAAUAACCAAUUGUCUAUGAAGUAGUGCUUCUUUAUUGGCUUAAUUAGUUUAGAAGAGGUGUUUUUCAAAUGACUUAGUUUUGAAGUAAUGUUUCUUUAUUGACUAGUAGUGUUUCUCUAAUGGCUAAUUAUUUUGAAGUAGUGUUUCUCAAAUGACCAAUUAGUUUUAAAGUGGUGUUUCUGAAAUGAGCAGUUAGUUUUGAAGUAGUUUCUCCAAUACCAUUAAUUUUGAAGUAUUGUUUCUUAAAUGAGGCGUUAGUUUUGAAGUGUUUCUCAAAUGAUUAAAUUUGAAGUGUUUCUCGAAUAACACUCUAUUUUUGAAGUAGUGUUUCUCAAAUGACAUAGUUUUGAAGCAGUGUUUCUCAAAUGAGCCAUUAGUUUUGAAGUAGUGUUUCUUUAUUGACUAAUUAGUUUAGUAGUGUAUCUCUGAUGACUAUUAGUUUUGAAGUAGUUUCUCUCAUUGAUUUUUUUUGGGGUAUAAUGUGUCAUGAAUAUUUUUUUAUUUCUAAUGUUUCUCAAAUAGUUAAUUUUUGGAUAUUUCUCAAAUUGUUGAUUUUGAAGUAAUGUUUCUCAAAUAUUGAAUUUAUUUUGAAGUAGUGUUUCUCGAAUGACUUGUUUUUUUA